AUGUUUUGUUGCAAAAUUAAAAAUACAAUUCAAAGUACAAGAAGAAAUUAUGAAUUAUUGGAAGAGAUUGGAAUGGGAUCAUAUGGGAAGGUUAAAUUAGCGAAAGAUGUAGAGAAUAAGAAGAAAUAUGCAAUAAAAUUAGUAAUGAAUUAAGUAAUAUUUAAUAGAUUGAGAAAUAGAAGAUGGAAGAAUUUCAUGCAGAAAACAAUAUAUUGAGUGAGAUAAGAAUAUAAUAAAAACUACAUCAUCCAAAUAUAGUAGAAUUGGUGGAAUACUUUGAGGAUGAUAAAUAUAUAUAUUUAGUAUAGGAGUAUUGUAGCAAAGGAACACUUCGUUAGUAGGUUAGUAAAAGAAGAUUAUAAGAAAGUGAGAUUUAUCAUUACAUAUAUUAAUUAAAUGAGGCAUUAAUCUAUUUACAUAGAUAGAAGAUUGUUCAUAGAGACUUAAAAGUAUUUGAGAUAAAGUAUAUUUUUAGUUAGAUAAUAUUUUAUUGGAUGAAUAAGAUCUAAUAAAGUUAACAGAUUUUAAUUGGGCAACAUAAAUUAAUGGAUAUGUAGCAGAACCAACAAAUUGUGGUACUACACAUUAUAUGCCUCCUGAAAUUGUAUUAUUGUAACCACAUAAUGAGAAAGUAGAUAUUUGGUCUUUAGGAAUUAUUAUUUUUGUAUUAAUUUAAUACAUAUAUAUAUAGGAAUUAAUAUUUUAGAAUCGUCCAUUUGAAGGAUUAACUUAAGAAGAGUUGCAAAAAUAAAUCAUUUAUCAUAAUCCACUUAUAGAUUGUAAGACUAUUCCUACUGAUUUAAUUAUGUUACUUAAUUCUUUGCUUGCCAAGAAUCCAAUUUAUAGAUUAAAUUGUGAAUAAGUCAAACUUAGUUAGUGGUUUCAAAGAUAACAUCAUAAUUCAUUUUUGCAACCAGAUGAAUCACUAAAUCUUACUAAUAUCACUUUUAAUAAGAAUGAUUAUAUUUGA